AUCGGUGAUCUGCUGAUCAGCCUGUGGCUAGCUAGCCGCUGGCUACUUGCGCAAUAGCAGUUGUCGUCGGGCAGCUAAUCAAAGAUCAAAGCCGUAGAAACGCUUCCUGUUCUGCUCCUCUCUUCUCUGGAUGUUGGUCGCUGGUGUCCGCGGACGUUGUUCCUCAGAUUCACCGUCAAACACAGAUGUUAGCAGCGGUCACUUCGGUAUUUGCAGCGGCCACAUUUUCCGUAUUUGGCCGAGCUAGCUGAUAAGCUAGCCUAGCUGCUGUUAGCCUGUUAGCUCGCCUGUGAUGGCCCAGCCAGGGAGCGACAGGAUAAAGGAAGCCUAAACUCUGCAUGGCGACGGACUUGCAGCAGUGGGAGUGAGCCGCCAAUCAGCAAGGGCCCCCGGUAGCAACAUGGCGUCCCUUCAGAAGAACUCGGUCCGGAUCUUGUCCAACCGGGAGCGAGGCUCCCAGACCUUCGGCUCGCAGCGUCUCCUGCAGCUACUGGUGGAGGAGAAAGUCCGCUGGAUGAAAUGGCAGAGUCAGAAGGUGGAACUGCCGGACAGCCCUCGCUCUACGUUCCUGCUGGCCUUCAGCCCCGACAGGACCCUCAUGGCUUCCACACAUGUCAACCACAACAUUUACAUAACUGAGGUGAAGACUGGAAAGUGCCUACAUUCCUUAGUGGGCCAUCGUAGAACCCCCUGGUGUGUGACCUUUCACCCAACAAUACCUGGCCUGGUGGCCUCCGGGUGCCUUGAUGGCGAAGUCCGCAUCUGGGACCUGCAUGGCGGCAGUGAGAGUUGGUUCACAGAGAGUAAUGUUGCCAUCGCCUCUCUGGCCUUCCACCCGACCGCUCAGCUCCUCCUGAUCGCCACCAACAACGAGCUCCACUUCUGGGACUGGAGCCGGCCAGAGCCCUUCGCCGUCGUCAAGACGGGCAGCGAGACAGAGAGAGUUCGGCUGGUGAGGUUUGACCCCCUGGGUCACAACCUGCUGACAGCGAUAGUGAAUCCGUCCAAUCAGCAGAAUGAGGAGGACUCAGAGGUUCCCAUGGACAGUGUUGAGAUGCCUCACUUCCGUCAGCGCUCCUUCCUGCCGACCCAACCGGUUCGCCGCACGCCGAUACUCCACAACUUCCUCCACAUCUUGUCGUCUCGCUCCCCUGGGGCUCAGGUGGGAGGCGAGCAGCCGCGCCCUCUCAGUGACAAUGGGAGCAAUGUUGGAGAAUCUCCCCCCUUGCCUCUGCCCCAGUUCCCCAGCCCUGAACGCGGGCCACCUUUCCCUGGCUGCACUCAGCACCUGGGCAUGGUUUGUCUGUGUAGUCGCUGCUCAGUCAAUCGGAACCCUUCCCUACCUGCCAACGGGUCCUCCAUGACCCCCUCUGAUCCCCGGAUAUCAUCUGACGCCCCCCAGCCUCCCCCUGCUUCCACUUUCUCUUCGGCCCGCACGGAGCCCAGACAGCCCACUGAACGACCCUCAGCCUUUACCUCAGUCUACUACAGCGCCGGCACUUCUCUUAAUCCCACUGCACCGAGCAGCAUAGAGCCGCACUCCAGCUCCAGACCGGGACCUGACUGGACACGCAACCUCCUCAGCAUGAGGGAGGGAGGGGUUGGUCCAGGUAUGCUGCCUCCAAGAACCUCUUCGUCCUCCAUCAGCCUUCUGUCAGUGCUCCGUCAGCAGGACGGUUCCUCUCACUCCCCUGUAUACACGUCUGCCACUGAGGGACGGGGUUUCCCCCAACAAGGAGAGCCAGGGGCCCGAGAUGCUGCUGGUACAAGCAGCGGUCACCACCCUUUCUGGGACGGCUCUCGCAGCAACACAGCCUCUUUCCGUAACGUGCUGCAGUGCAACUUGAGCCGCUACUUCAUGGAGUUUGACCGUAUGCAGGACCUGGAGCCUCCAUUAGGGGGCAGCAUGACAGAUGGAAGCCAGGAGCCGAGCCAAGAGCUGCUGAAUAAUAACAUGGACCCAGACAGAGCAGGGCCUUCCUCAUCUUCAUCCUCCUCCACCCCUACCAUCAUCCACUACCAGCCUCCUCUUCCCCCUCCCCCUGCUUCCCACAGCCUGGACAACGUUACUCCCCCGGCCUCCCGCGGCCAUCUGAACCGCUGCCGGGCCUGCCACAACCUACUGACCUUCAACCAUGACUCUCAGCGCUGGGAGCGCACCAAUCAGGCCUCCUCCACCUCUGCCUCGUCUCUGGAGCCCUCCUCUUCCUCCUCUUCCUUCCCUGCCUCUUCAGCCCCAUGGCAUCCUGAGGAGAGCAGGAGGACACUAGAAGCCCAAACCCAAGAGAGGAGGGCACCUCCGGAGCCCAACGAGCAUCCGCCUCCCCCUGGAGGUGGAGGAGCAGGAACAGUGGCCUUCCCGAUAGCCCCAUCUUCCAGCCAGACUGGAGAGCAGACGGUGGGACUGGUGUACAACCAAGACACAGCACAGUGGGAGAGGGUUUACCGGCAGGCUGCUGCUGGACGAUCGGCAGAGCCACCGGAGGCCUUAAGCCAAGAAAUGCCUGUUGACCCCCCAGAUGAGGACUCCCUGAGGAGGCGACUUUUGGAAUCAUCUCUGUUAUCGUUGUCUCGCUAUGACAUGUCAGGAUCAAGAGACCACCCUAUUUACCCCGAUCCAGCAAGACUUUCUCCAGCUGCUUACUACGCCCAGAGGAUGAUCCAGUAUCUCUCCAGACGAGACAGUAUUCGCCAGCGCUCGCUUCGUUACCAGCAGAACCGCCUGCGGGCCAUGUCGUCCUCUUCAGAAAGCCCUGCCAGCAACCCUUCCAGCUCCAUGGACAACAGUGACAUGGACUUUGAGGAGCUGGAUGAUAAUGGAGACAGAGCGAGACACAGGACGCCACGUAAUGCGAGGAUGUCUGCACCUUCGCUUGGUCGCUUUGUUCCUAGGCGUUUCCUCCUCCCUGAGUAUCUGCCCUAUGCUGGGAUCUUCCACGAGAGAGGGCAGCCUGGUCUGGCCACACACUCCUCCGUCAACAGAGUGCUCGCAGGAGCAUCGAUCGGUGACGGACAGUCUGCGGUCGCCAGCAACAUCGCAAACACCACCUACCGUCUGCAGUGGUGGGACUUCACCAAGUUUGACCUGCCUGAGAUCAGCAACGCCUCCGUGAACGUUUUGGUGCCAAACUGUAAGAUCUACAACGAUGCGAGUUGUGACAUCUCAGCAGACGGUCAGCUGCUGGCCGUCUUCAUUCCCAGCAGUCAGCGGGGUUUUCCAGACGAGGGCAUCCUGGCCAUUUACUCUCUGGCUCCACACAACCUGGGAGAGAUGCUCUACACCAAGAGGUUUGGUCCUAAUGCCAUCUCUGUCAGUCUGUCUCCAAUGGGCUGCUAUGUGAUGGUGGGUCUGGCCUCUCGCAGGAUCCUGCUACAUCCUACCACCGACCACAUGGUGGCGCAAGUCUUCCGCCUGCAACAGCCACACGGAGGAGAGACUUCUAUCAGGAUGGUCUUCAACGUAGUUUAUCCCAUGGCUCCAGACCAGAGGCGCCAUGUUAGCAUCAACUCCGCUCGCUGGCUGCCGGAUCCUGGGAUGGGUCUGGCUUAUGGAACAAAUAAGGGAGACCUGGUGAUCUGUCGCCCAGUGUUCUAUCGCAGCGAUGGUGAGGGCCCUGGAGAUUCGAGCAGUGAACCUUUAUUCUCUGUCAACAACAGUGGAACGAGCAGAACCCGAGGUUCUGACAGACCAGGGCCUAAUCGUUCUGGCUGGAGGUUGGACAGAGACAUGGGACUGAUGAACGCGAUUGGUCUUCAGCCGCGACAUCCCACGCCGUCAGUGACAUCACAAGGAACCCAGACGCCAAUCGUCCAGUUGCAGAACGCCGAGACACAAACGGAGAGGGAACUAUCAGAGCCCAGCGUCUCCCAGCCACCACCUAAUGUCUCAGCAGAGACUCCAUCCACAAGUAGAGCGUCUCAGCAGCAGCAGGAGGCGUCUCAGAGCAGCAGCGCUCCAGACGGCGUCCAGACUGAAGCGUCAUCCGAGGCCAACACGUCCACAGCUGCUGAUUCCCCAGAGUUCGGUUCAGGUGAAGACGCUCUGGCUCGAAUCCGCCGGCUGAUCGCAGAGGGUGGUAUGACGGCAGUGGUCCAGCGGGAGCAGAGCACCACCAUGGCUUCCAUGGGUGGCUUUGGAAACAAUAUCAUUGUCAGCCAUCGCAUCCACCGCGGCUCCCAGACAGGCAUCGGGGCCUCCAGACCUCCAGCCGAGCUCACCAUUACGGCCCCUUCCUCCUCCUCCUCCUCCUCCUCAGGACCUCUCCUCAUCACACAGAACCAGUCUUACCUUCCUCCCCAAGCCUCCACCCCAUCUGAACAACUCGCUCCCACGUGGGGCUCCCAGGUGCUGUCGGGCCCCCAGCCCUCCGGCCUCUCUCUGGCCGUAGACAUGGACGACGUGUUUGACGGAGGACGAGCGGACGACAACUCCCUGCCGGGUCCCUCCUCUUCCUCGCUGCUGCUGUCUUCCCCUUCUUCCUCCUCCUCCUCCUCAUCCUCUCACAGCCCCCUGCCCACCGGCGGCGGGGUGUGUGGCCCCAAUAGUUACCCCGGUGACCCGUACAGCAGGUAGUUCUCCUAUUGGCCAAGAGAAGCAGAGCGUUGGCUGAUGUGUUUUGUUAAGGGCGCUCCUCAAAGCCUUAUCUCACAAAGAAAUGGGUGCUGCUUCGACUCUGCACAGGGUCUCCCGCCUGAAAAAGAAGGGACACAAGAACCCCACCUCACCCCGAAACCCGCCAUGGCGUUGGCGUGCACUUAGAAAAACUGGACUGAAGCUGAACUGCGACCAUUCCUCAUCAGAAAGGGCUCCUACUUGAACGGAGGCCAGUUAGCGCGGAUCUCCUCUCUGCUCGUUUGUUUAAGGUUCAGCGUAUUGGGAGAAAAGGUUCCUGUGUCAAAGUGCCAUGUCGGGGGAUCUUUCUUACACACAUUUACUCCGAUGUGCUGCAUAGUAGUAUAAAUAAUGCGUGAUUGAAGUGUUAACAGUGAACUCAGCACUACUUUAUCUUGAAGCCUGUUUUGUACCGUGUGUAUUCAUGACGUGUCGGAGGCGGGACUCUGCUCCUCGAGGACGUCACUGAUCAAUCACACAACCCAUCAAUCAUCAAUGACUGACACCUGAGACUCAGUGACCUGAAGCUGCUGAACAUCUGUUCAACGACGCUGCAGUUUAUCAUUUACAUAGGUUGUUUUUUCAAAAGGCUGAGGAGGAGAAGGAACACCCCCCCACCCCCACCCCCCACCCACCUUAAUACCCACCACCCAACUUAAAUGCACUAUGGUGUGUUUGUGUGUGUGUGUCAGUGUCAGUACUUUUCACACAUCUUUUAAAACUUUUUAAAUUUAACUUUUUGUUUCUGGAACUCGUAACCACCAAUAACUUAAUUAGUCCUGGCUCCUGAUUGUCUGUCAUGUCUUUACCGUAGACUGUAAAUAAUGAUGACGACAAUUCUUCACUUCCUCCAGAAAUGAAGCUCGGGGUGGAGCCGUGGAAUCGUGGUCCCACCCAUACACGCUCUCAACCAAUCAGGAGUCAGUGUCAGCUGUCAGUCAUGACGUCUCAGCUUGUUUUUAUAUCAUCAAAUAACUAACUAAAACCAAACUGAUCAGAAACACUUAGAUUUGUUUUUGUUUGGUCAAUGUCCGAUCUGCUAACAUGGGGGAGGAGGUUUAAGAUCUAUGCUGCAGCAUGCCACCAGGGGGCGGUCUAGAUGAUUUGGCUUCACCUUUUGGAGCUGUCAUGUCGUCCAUCUGUACUUGCAGUAUGUGAUGAUUUCGAGGUUGGGUUAUAUCGCCACCUGUUGGUUUGAUGUGUUCUCUGUCGCUCUUCACAGCUCAUUUUUAAUGUGGACAGAAUCAUUUUUGAGAACAAAGUAAAAAAAACAUUGUUUGAAUAAACACCAGUGUACGUGUGAAAGCUGAUGUGAACGUAAUGUUUCACAGAUUUGUUCCAGGCAGCCGUUGGUUUCGUUCUUUUCUUCUCAGCAUGAGAUUUAAACUGAUUUAUUUAAAUAGUAGAAAUAUAUAAAAACCACGAUGAAGUUUGUGAAGUGAUUCUCAUCGGACCAGCGGCUGCCUGGGCCAAUAGGGAACAGCUUCUGUGAUGAUGUCCUUUUGGUCAACAAAUCAAACGUCACAUGUUUGAUUCCUUAUGUUCACGUGUGUCUGGUGAAAACAUGAAGCUACGGAGGAUCUGAUCUGUUUUGUUACAGCAGCCAAUGACGUUGAAUGUGCGUCACGCCCCCAGUCGACGGUAACAAACUGUAGAAAUACUGAUAUCAGUUUAAUAACGAGAUAAACCAGAGAACUUGAAUUUAAAUAUCCUCCCACUCACAUAAAGUUUCAGAUAAAAACACAAACAGCUGUUUUUAACAAACAAGAGGAAGUGGGGACUAUUUUAGCAGCGGAUUGAUCUGCAUGUGCUUGUGUAGUGAGUGAGAAUAGAUGUGUGUGUCUGUGCAUGCAAGUGUGUGUGUGUGUGUGUGUGUGCGCGCAGGCAGGAGACACGUGUACUAUCCCUCAGCGGUCGUCGUCCACCACAGGAAACUUCAUCUGUAACCUGAAGUGUCAGAACAUCGCCUGUUCCUCGGUUCUACAUUCUGCCGCUGAGUUUUAGAACCACAACAUUGGUUUGGAACGUUACUGAGAAGGUGACGGCGUCACGUCAUUGUUUUUACGCUCAGUUGUCUCAUUCAUUUUCUGAAGACGAGGUCGUCUGAGACUGACUCCACAUCAGCUCGGGACAGCCAUGAUGUCACUUCCUGUAUUGGCUCAUCAGCAAGUUAGUUAUUAACUGUCUUAAACCAGAGUGUGGUCUUUCAGUUUGAGAUCCGUACGUUCAGAUGUUCAGAAGCUCUCACUCUAAAACCUUCGCUCACACUCAGACAGACACUCGCACAUCUUGUUGCUUCACUUGUCAACACAACACCUGAACAUUUUAUUGGUUUUGGAUUAAAACACGUCUGAACUUCCCUCGAACUGAAAGUUCGUCCUCUGGAGCAAACAAAAACUCAACUUGGUUUUAAUCUGCUGUUCCACUGUGGCCUUAUGGGAAAUGAUAAAGGUCAAACAUGGCUGCUCUGCUGAUUCCUGGUGAAAUGUUACAAUUUACUGAACGUUACUGAAAAUAUUUCAUCGACCCUCACACAGUUUUUAACUUUCUGCCGGUGAACAGGCCUCCGCCCCUCCCUCCCCUAACCCCGCCCCUCUGCAUGCAGAAAACCAACUUGAAUUUAAUCAACUCAACUUUUCCUCUUCAGCCUGAGAGACUGUACAGACGCUCUUUUUUACUUUGUAUUCUUACUCCACGUCACACAGCGCAGUGUAGAUGCUGAUGUGCUGCUCGUUUCAGUUGUGUAUGGGGGGGCGGGGGGGACAUAUGAAGAGGAGGGACAGCUCUGAUUGGAGCAGAGACACUGGGAUUCAAGGGGUCGUUUACGUGAGAUUUUUUUAUUGAACAUUUAUUUCCUGCAGGUGAGUCCAGGUGAGAUCACAGAUCUCGUUUCCAGGGCGACCUGCGUAGGACGCGGCUGCAUGUGACGAGCAGGUGACACAGAAACAGCUGAUCUGAAUGAUCCUGAAUUUACUUGAUCAAUGAACCUUUUAAAAACAA